CACUGAACUGGGGCUGAAACUGAAACAGGGCAAGACUCGUAAAAGCAGUGCAGUCUCUUGCUCUCCUUCUUUCUCACAGUUUCCUGUUUAAGGAGGCCAUUUUGUAACUUAGCCGGGGGAAGAGCACAACAAAGUUUGGCAUUGUUUUUGUUUUUUCUCUCCCACGGCUGGGAGUUUCACAAUCAACUUUGGACUUUCUCCUCUGCAGAACAACUUCUUUGGACAAGGGAGGUGAAGGAGGGAAGAAGGUGGAGGAGGAAAAGCAGCAGGAGGGUGGUUCUCUCCCUCAGUGUAUCUCUCUUUCAUGAGUCUCUCACACACAUUGCUCAUGCCUGUCAUGCUUGGACAAUAAAAGAAGUCUGACGACGAGGGAGCGCGACAGAAGUGGCAGAAGGGAGGUAAAACCACCGCUUCCUGGAUAAGGAUUUCUUCCUUGAUCCACAGGGAGGGGGGUGGACACAAGACGCAGAGGAACCGGGACUCUCUGCUCAUUGCCUGUGUGUCCAUGUUUCAGUGUGUGUGCCCCUCUCUCCUCUGCUGAGACAGUUUGAAUGAAUGUGGUUUUUCUGAGAACUGCAUCUGGGUAUCUGUUUGUGAGUGUGUAUGUUGAGAGCUUCGGGAAACCAGCAGACAGGACUCUGAAUGGCUAACGCUAGCCCUUGUAUGCCCUCAGGGGCCAUGGCCCAGGUCUUCUUUCCUCCCGGGGGCUCCUCACCACCAGGCUCAACUGUGAUGCAGCAGACCCCCAUGUCCAUGCCCUCUAUGCCUGCUCAGGGUGGAUUUCCUGUGAUGGACCUGACACCAGGGCAGGGUCCUGGUGGGGUUGGGACUCCCUCAUUGCCUCCCACUCCAGCAGGGGUGUCCUUCAUCAUCCAGAUUGGCCUGACCAGAGAAUCUGUCCUGAUGCCCCAAACUGCUGACCUGGCCUAUGUGAAACAAAUUGCCUGCUCCAUUGUUGACACCAAGUUCCCAGAGUGCGGCUUCUAUGGCAUUUAUGACAAGAUUUUGCUGUUCAAGCAUGAUACAUCCACCAACAACAUCCUGCAACUGGUUAAAGCUGCAAGUGAUAUUCAGGAGGGAGAUCUGGUCGAGGUGGUGCUCUCUGCGGCAGCCACAUUUGAAGAUUUCCAGAUUCGACCCCAUGCACUCAAUGUACACUCUUACCGGGCCCCAGCCUUCUGUGAUCACUGUGGAGAGAUGCUGUUCGGACUGGUCAGACAAGGGCUCAAGUGUGACGGAUGUGGACUAAACUACCACAAGCGCUGUGCAUUCAGCAUCCCAAACAACUGCAGUGGUGCUCGUAAACGCCGUCUAUCCACCACCUCCCUGAGCAGCAGCCAGUCCCUGCGUCUCUCCACCACUGAGUCAGUGUACAGCGUAGGGACGGCCUCCACCUGCGCAGAAGAUGCUGCUCUCAUCCGCUCACACACACAAAUGCCACGGACUCCUAGUGAUGCCCGGCGCUUCUACACGGGCCGACCAGUUCAUCUGGACAAGAUCCUGAUGAGCAAGGUGAAAGUGCCCCACACCUUCGCUGUCCACUCCUACACGAGACCCACGGUAUGCCAGUACUGCAAGAGGCUUCUUCGAGGACUGUUUAGGCAGGGAUUACAGUGCAAAGACUGCAAGUUCAACUGCCAUAAACGCUGUGCGUACAAGGUUCCAAAUGACUGCCUUGGGGAGACUAUUGGAGACAACAGAAGUAACUGCGACAUGUUGAGUCCCAGUGCAGACCCUGAGGUGCCCAUGGACUACACCAAUGAGUACGACAACUCAGACAAGUCUUCAAUAGAUGACUCAGACGAGGCCUGUAGCAUCCCCGGGUCCUUUUCUCCUGACAACAACCAGGAUGGAAGCGGUGGAGAUCAGAGCGUUUACAUCCCGUUAAUGAGGGUGGUACAGUCUGUAAGACAGACAACCCGUCGAUCCAGUACGGCUAUCAAAGAAGGAUGGAUGGUUCACUACAGCAAUAAGGACACACUGAGAAAGCGGCACUACUGGCGUCUGGACUGUAAGUGCAUCAUCCUUUUCCAGAACAACACCUCCAACAAAUACUACAAGGAGAUCCCUCUGUCUGAGAUUCUGGAGCUGCGGCCUGCCGGCAACUUCAGUCUCGUUCCCCCAGGCACAAAUCCCCACUGCUUUGAGCUCAUCACAGGCACUAUGUGCUACUUUGUAGGGGAAGACCCCAACACUCUCCCCUCUCUGUCAUCCAGCAACCCCCAGACUCUCCCCCAGACCCCUCCCUCACCUAGCCAAGUCGCGCCCAAUAGUGGCAUUGGGCGUGAGGUGGCCAAGGCGUGGGAGAGUGCCAUUCGCCAGGCCCUCAUGCCUGUCAUCUUUCAGGAUGCUCCGCCAGCUGAGGGGAACACACCUCAUAGGCAAGCGUCUAUCAGCAUAUCAGUGUCCAACAGUCAAAUCCAAGAGAAUGUGGAUAUUGGUACAGUGUACCAGAUUUUUGCCGAUGAAGUGCUGGGAUCUGGGCAAUUUGGAGUAGUCUAUGGAGGAAAGCACCGGAAGACAGGGAGGGAUGUAGCAGUCAAAGUCAUCGACAAGCUUCGCUUUCCCACCAAGCAGGAGAGCCAGCUGAGGAAUGAGGUGGCCAUACUGCAGAGUUUACGACAUCUAGGGAUUGUGAACCUGGAGUGUAUGUUCGAGACCCCAGAGAAAGUGUUUGUGGUGAUGGAAAAGCUACAUGGUGACAUGCUGGAGAUGAUCCUCUCCAGUGAGAAAGGCAGAUUGCCUGAGAGGCUCACUAAGUUCCUCAUUACACAGAUUCUUGCAGCUCUGAGACACCUGCACUUUAAAAACAUCGUUCACUGUGAUCUGAAACCAGAGAAUGUGCUGCUUGCCUCUGCUGAUCCAUUCCCCCAGGUGAAGCUGUGUGAUUUUGGCUUUGCCCGUAUCAUUGGUGAGAAGUCUUUUCGUCGCUCGGUGGUUGGCACCCCUGCUUACCUGGCCCCCGAGGUCCUGCUGAACCAGGGCUAUAACCGCUCGUUGGACAUGUGGUCAGUCGGCGUCAUUAUGUACGUCAGCCUGAGUGGGACAUUCCCAUUUAAUGAGGAUGAAGACAUCAACGACCAGAUCCACAACGCAGCCUUUAUGUACCCUCCCAACCCCUGGAAACAAAUCUCCAGUGAUGCAAUCGACUUGAUCAACAACUUGCUGCAAGUUAAGAUGAGGAAACGCUAUAGUGUGGACAAGAGUCUCAGCCAUGCAUACUUACAGGACUACCAGACGUGGCUGGACCUGCGGGAACUGGAAACUAAACUCGGCGAGCGUUACAUCACCCACGAGAGUGAUGACAGCCGCUGGCAAAUGUUUGCUAGGGAACAUACUCUGCCUUACCCGGCUCACCUCGUGCCUCCUCCUCCUGCACUGGGCUCUGACGAUGAGGAGGGCGGGGAGGAUGCAGAUGUGCAAGGCCUUACUGAGAGGGUCAGCAUCCUCUGACCAGAGAGAGACAGGUGAGACAAGAUCAUGGAAGGAGGAAAGAAGGGAGAGGGCGGAUGAGAUGGUCGACCUAGAGUCUGAAAGAGACAUAAACCCGACAUAAAGAAACACAUGGUUCUAAUAAGAAUAGUAUCCAGCUGUUUAGACUUUCACAGCACAAUGUCUACAAACACAUUUGUAACAAUAAAUCCAAUUUCUCGUUUCCAGACUGAGGUCAUCAAAACUUUCUUCGAAUCAUUUACCUCUGCUGUGAAUUGUCCUCUUUUAUGUUUUGAAAUGUUUAAACUGGAGUUAAACUUCUAAAUCACAAUUUGCCACUCAGAUAAAAAAAAACAAAACAAAAAGAAAACAAAAAAAACCACAGCAUGUUCUUUUCUUCUCACCACAAAAUGUGAGCAGGAAAUAAUACUUUUCCACAAGCGAUCAAGAUAAGAAUUAAGUGAAGGUGUGUGUCUCAUGAAAUUUUUGAAACUAAAAGGAGUUUAUAUUCAAAACAAAACUGCUUCCCAUUAAAAGAGGUAACAUUUGUUUUUAUUGUCAUCCAACCGGACUGACUGGAAUUACAGUCCCUCUUAUGUCUUCAGUAAAAAUGGGUUCAGCCUCUUUUCAAUGACGGACUGCUUUACGGUGACAAAAGACUUCCUCUGUGCUGGUAAUUACUAAUGUGCAGGCAUGGUGUUCAUCCCAUCUGUAUUCACAAAUGCAUUCCCAUAAAUUUCUGUCCUGUAGUUGAAACUGAAAGUAUUGAUCUGGUGACAGCCAAUCUUCCAGUAAUUACCACUAGAGUUUUGAACCACAAGACACUCUCAGAAAAUAUAUGUGAUUAAAGAUGGCAUUGCGGGUUUAAAUGCACUCUCAUUGGAGCUAUUUAUUGCCUGCCAUGACCAGGCAGUUUUUAACAGUCAUAUAAGACGUUUCUACCUGCAGCUGACAUAUGAUACAACAUUAGCCUCAAUAGCUAUUCCUAAAUGGUGAUAAUUGCCUCCAUUGUGUUGGGCUGCCCCCUCUCACCCAUCUCUGAAGUCAAGCUGUUGUGUAUUUAAGUGGUGAAUUACAUGUCCUCGCAGAUAGCUGUAUAUAAGAUUCACAUUCUGUUAAUGAUGAUGACAUGAUAGACAGACCUCUGUUUUAGCAGGAGCAGACCUCUCCCUAUGAUGUAAGUGCGUGGAUGGACAGCUCGGGUUACUAAACUAGAUUGUGGAGAGUGUAUGUAGCUCAGUUACUGACUACCUGUCAUGUCAACAUGUUGCAUGUUUCUGUGAAGUAGGAUUAUUUAGAUACAAUAUAAAACAUACUGUAGUUACUGUUGGUCUAUUAUACACAUGUAACCUGAACUUUAUGUAGUUGUCAAAUAUGUGUAGAUUGUGUUUGAAGGAUAAUCCUAGCCUUUGUAACAGCCAAUACAAACCUGAACAAUAUUCUUUUUGUCUUGGAGGUUUUAUUUAUUGUAUCAUUCAUCUGUACUGCUCUUUCAAGUAAAAACACACCCAAAACUAAGCAGGCAUAGAAAUGUGAUUAUGAUUUACCACUAAAAUACUUGUCCUUCAUACACAGAAAAUUUGCUUUUCCUCAGCAAUAUAUUUAAGAGGCAAGGACCAUUACUGUCACUCAGGUUUCCUAUAGCAGAAAAGAAAUGCUUUGAAUGACAAAGGAAUAGCAGCAAUAAAUUACUUUUCUACUCACA